ACACAUGUUAUUGAGCUCUUUGAUUGAUGCUCCAUACCUCGACAGGCAUUUCAGGAGCCACUUCUUGAUUUUAUAAUCAAAACUCAUUGUAAAACUAAGAUGGCGAGAAUCACGCAGAAUCGAUUUAAUUUGAUUAGAUUUGAUUUUUUUCAUUGUAAGAACAAAUUCCUAUAAAUGUCAUGGACUAUUCCUGUUUGAUUCAAUUACAGGUUUUAAUACAAUUUCAGACAUUAACAAUCAAUUACAAACCCCCAAAAAUGGCGCUUCUCUUCAAAUCCACAAUUUCUUUUCCUCUUAAUUCAUGUUUAGACCCACCAAAAUCAAACCCUAGAAAUUCACUCACUAUGAAAACUAGUGUAACUACUUCAAUUGACUCAUUUUCUACAAUUUCUGUUCCAUUGGAGAAGAGGAAGUUGCCCAUUUUGCUAUUUGAUAUUAUGGAUACAAUUGUUCGUGAUCCCUUUUACCAUGAUGUCCCUGCCUUUUUUGGCAUGUCCAUGAAGGAAUUGUUAGAGUGUGAGCAUCCAACUGCCUGGAAUGAGUUCGAGAAGGGGCUAAUUGAUGAGGAUGAAUUAGCUAGAAAGUUCUUCAUAGAUGGAAGAGACUUUGAUCUUGAAGGCCUUAAAACCUGUAUCAAAAGAGGAUAUUCCUAUUUGGAUGGUAUUGAAGAACUGCUUCGUGCUUUGAAACAAAACAACUAUGAAAUCCAUGCUUUUACAAACUAUCCAACCUGGUAUCAAAUGAUCGAGGAUAAGUUAAAUUUAUCGAAUUACCUAUCUUGGACAUUCUGCUCUUGUAAAACAGGAAAACAAAAGCCCGACCCUGAUUUUUAUCGUGAAGCCCUCAGAUACCUUGACGUGGAGCCUGGAAGUUGUAUCUUCAUCGAUGACAGGAUGAAAAAUGUAGAGGGAGCAGUGAAUGUUGGAUUAGUUGGAUUGCAAUUUAAAGGAGCGGAUGUGUUACGGCAGGAUCUAUCUCGCCUUGGUGUAAGUAUUUCUGCUCAUGAACUCAGCCACAAGUAAACGAGCUCCAGCAAGACGAUGCGCAAAAUUCAGAGCUCAGUUUCCAUUCUUCCCUUGAUUGAACUUAUUAGUUUUUACCUUAUAAAUCUGUUUUCUUUUUGGGUUUUGAUUUACCUUUUCUUUUUUUAUUUUUCUUUUAUUUUUGGGGUAGUUUGGGAUGAAAAUCAAUGUAAAUGUAUAUCAUCUUGCACAUAUAUACAAGAAUUAAAGAUCUGUUAGUUUCUCUUAUUGAGCCCUUUUUUGGCCUUGAUUUUGUUGGAUUGUUUUUUCAACAUUAUUUAUGAAUUAUGAUAUAUUUUUUUUUUCAUAGUUUCAUA